UCUGUCUGUCUCUCUCUCUCUUACUCUGUGUGUAAACAGGUAGACUCUUUGCUUUGGUAUAAAGGUCGGUUUAGGAAAUCUCUGUUUAAGAAGACGAACACACGAGCGGGGUUUCUCCUAUGGGAGUCGUCAUGUCACUUACCUGCCUGCUGCUCCUCUCUCUGCUCCUCCUGUAUGUUGCUGCAGCAUCGUCAUCCACAGUGUUUCUGGAGCACAAACAUGCUGUCAGACUGUUGAGGAUGAGGAAACCAAGGGCCAACUACUUCCUGGAGGAGAUGAAACCAGGGAAUCUGGAGAGGGAGUGUUACGAGGAGACCUGCUCCCAAGAGGAGGCAGCCGAAAUUUUCCAGAGCAAAGAGAAAACGAUGGAGUUUUGGUAUAGAUACAAAAAUCUGAACCACUGUCGUUAUAACCCCUGUCUAAACAACGGGAUCUGCACCAUGGACCGCCAUGAAUACAUCUGUCUGUGCCCCCCUCAGUACGGCGGAAAACACUGUGAAACAGAGGUGUUUGAGUGUGAAUAUAGAAACGGAGGUUGUCAUCAGUACUGUAGACAGACUGUUCAAGGUGCUGCAGUGGAGUGUAGCUGUGCCAAUGGAUACCAGCUGGAGCCUGACGGCAAGAGCUGCCACGAAACAGUGCGCUAUCCCUGUGGGAAACAGUGGAGCCAGAAUUCCAUGGUUCGCUCUUUUCAGGGUGACGAUUUUCUGCUCAAUGACACAGACCCCAAUCUCUCUCACAUCCUCAAUGACUCUUAUCCUCACACACUAAACUACACACACAACUACACACACACACAGCCACUAAACUACACACACAACUACACCGACCCAGAGAGAGACAAGCAGGAAAACUCCACCUUCAUAUGGAGAAACUGGGCAAAUGGCUCCUACUCAGAACCGGAGAUGAAUCACCGCAUCGUAGGCGGUCAGCUACAGCCUCAGGGUGGAAGUCCAUGGCAGGUCUUGCUGCGGAGAAAGGAUGAGUAUGGAUUCUGUGGGGGGAGUCUAAUCACUGACCGCUGGGUAAUCACAGCUGCCCACUGUCUGCAGGAAAUGCCUGAUCACGUGACAGUCGGGGACUACGAUAAGAUGCGUGAAGAUCCACAUGAGCAGAGGAUUGGGGUGGAGAAGGUGGUGACUCACCCCCAUUUCCAUGACUACACCUUCGACAGCGACAUCGCACUCCUGUACCUGGCAGAACCGGUGGAACUGGGUCCCUACGCCACGCCCAUCUGCCUGCCCAACACGCAGUUGGCCAAGCAGCUGCUGAGGGAGGGCACGCACGGGCUGGUGACGGGGUGGGGGGCCACGCAUUACCUGCGCAGGUCCUCGCGCUUCCUGCGCAAGGUGGUCCUGCCCGUGGUCGACCAGCAGAAGUGCAUGGCGUCCACGGAGCAGGUCAUCACGGACAACAUGUUCUGCGCCGGGUACCUGCAGGCCCCGCGGGACGCCUGCCGGGGGGACAGCGGCGGGCCGUUCGCGGUGAACUACCGCGGCACCUGGUUCCUGACCGGAGUGGUGAGCUGGGGGGAACGCUGCGCUGCGGUGGGAAAGUACGGAGUCUACACCCGACUGGGAAACUACUUACACUGGAUCAGAGACGAGAUUCACAAACAGGCCCGGAACAACAACCAGACCUGAGAAGACCCGGUGUGAGCGUAACCCGGAUCAACCGUGAAAUACUCUGGACGGUUUGUGUCGUCGCAUUUAACCUUGUCUGAAUGGAAAAAAAAAAAAAAUGUUCUUACAUUUAUUAACAUGGGUGCUCCACUCCAAACGUGGAACGUAUGAUUAAACGUAUUAAUGUAGGAUCGACUUAUUAAAAUGGCCUCUGGUAUAAUGGGUUGUUCCAUCAGCCCAAAGCUCCCUAUUCUCACCCACACCUUCUCUAGGACACAGUCAGGAAACGAUCCAGUCCAGUUUCAUGUUGUAUGACUGCUUUCUGUCCAGACACAUGAGAGCUUUGCAGUACCUGUGUAUGACCUGAUGUCUCUGGUUACUGUGGGCCUUAUUUAAUAAAACCAGACUGAGUCAUUAAACCA